AUGGAGUAAGUUUGUCGAUUUUUUCGGUGAUUUGUCGCUAUUUCAAGUGGUUUUAGCUGUGAAUUUUGCUGUUUGUUCCCUGCGAAGCAAAAAUUUGGUACUCGGAUUUAUGAAAACAGCAAACUUUAUUGGUUUUAUCCUCACAAAUUCAUUAUUUUUUGCUAACGAUUUUCAUGUUUCAGUUUUUACACUCCUUACGACCUCAUCAAAGAUGUGGGCGACAGCUUCUACGAACAGAUGCAGUCGAAAAAAUGGACAGAGCGAAAAGAGCCCAUCGAGAAAUUGGUGGGGAUCGUCGACAAAAACCCAAAAUUAGUGCCGAAUGACAGUGAAUAUCACCGGCUGAUUGAUGAGCUGAGCAAGGUAAGUCCUUCUUUUUGCUUUUCUGUUGGAUUUUAGGUUGACCGUUGGAGGUACUUUUGAUAAAUGACGCUUGAUGUUAAGCAUCAUGUGUAAUAUUAAAGCUUCUUUUCUAGAUCUUGGCCAAAGAUGCCAACAUCAUCGUCGCCGCAUUGGCGGCACAACUGCUUACAAGGAUUGCUCGUGGAUUGGGAAGGAACUUUGAGGUGCACGCGUCCAGUGUCAUUGGAAUCUGUUUGACCCGGUUGAAAGAAGUGAAGGCCAGUGUGAAAGAGCCGUGCUGCGAGUGUUUGGACGCUUGUUAUGAGACCACGGUAAGUUGGAUCGCGUUUUAUUGGAGUUUAAGUAAGAAUUAUGCUUUUUUAUUAUAUUAGACCUUUGCCAACGCCAUCGAGCCGAUCAAGGAAGCCUUGAAUUCCAAGGCGGUAGGAAGUCGACUACAAGCUUGUGAAUUUUUCAAGCGAUGUUUUCUACAAAUCGAUUUUCAAACGGCGAAGAAAUGCAGUAGUGCCACCAAAGAGGCCGUAGAAUUGUUGUGCAAGGUAAGGUUUACAUUUAUAUUCUAAAAUUGUUCCGUCUUUAGCUCGCUCUUGGAUCAGACCCCGCGCUUCGAGAUGCGGCCAUGCAGGCAUUGGCUGCGUUUAUGAGGGCCAUCGGCAAACAAAUUGCUGCGCCUUUGUUGGAAACAGUUGCUCAAGACAAGUUGAAGAUGAAUAAGGUAAAUUAAUAUGGAAUUUUGUUGGUUGGCUGAGUUUUUGAUAUUUUCAAACUUCAAAUAGGGACAUAAUUGCAUUGUUUGCAGGUUGAGGAGUAUUACGAGAACUUUAUUGUGGAAUUCCCUCCACAACAAGCACCUCCGAAGCCCGCGGCCCAACAGAAAGCUGCCCCAGAAGCCGCCAAGAAAACCGCCUCAUCGACUGCCUCUCAGCCCGUUGCACAGCCUGUCGAGGACGAUGAAGACGAUUUCUUGACCCCCUACGACCUCGUUCCGCACCUUACUGAUGCAUUUUACGAAGGACUUCAGUCGAAGAAAUGGUCCGAAAGGAAGGAACCCUUGGAGAAUCUGAGUCAAGUCGUUGAGAAGAACCCCAAGUUGAAGCCAAAUGACAGCGAAUUCCAUAGACUCAUAGAUGAGUUGUCAAAAAUCUUGGCCAAGGAUUCGAAUAUACUGGUAACGGCGGCCGCAGCAAGUCUUUUGGCGAAGAUUGCCAGAGGGUUAAAGAAGAAUUUCGAAGUUCACGCACCCUCGGUGAUUGCCAUUUGCUUCUUGAGGCUGAAGGAAGUCAAACCGACCGUCAAGGAACCUUGUACGGACUGUUUGGAAGCUUGUUAUUUGACUACUGUAAGGAAUUUACAUUACUUUAGAUACGUUAGAGACAGAUUUUGUUUAGGUUAUCUUUUAAUUUUUUUUUGCAGAAUUUCGCAGCCGUUGUUGAGCCAAUCAAGGAUGCUUUGGUUACAAAGGCGCCAGGAACGAAGCUCGCGGCGUGCGAGUUUUUUAAGCAAGCCAUGUUGAAGAUGGACCUCCAGACCGCCAAAAAGUCCUCGCAAACCACGAAGUUGGUGGUGGAUCAGCUGGUGAAGCUGGCCUUGGGCUCGGAUCCGGCAUGCAGAGACGCUGCGAUGCAGGCAUUGGCCGCGUUUAUGAGGGCCGUCGGGCAACAACUGGCCGUUCCAUUGCUGGGCGAGGUGCAAGGAGACAAGCUGAAGAUGGCCAAAGUCGAGGAAUACUUUAAUGCAUAUGUUCAGGAAUACCCUCCAGUGACUGCAGCAGCUCCGCCACCGGCUCAGAAAGCGCCAGAGAAGAAGGUUGUUCGGCCGGGACAACGACCAAACAAGGUGGGAUUUGUUGAGAUUGUACUUGAUAUUGGCUUAGGGUUUGGUGAAGUUUGGGGUUGUUUUGGGUUUGAAAAUGGGUUGGGUAGUAAGAAAUUUUCUGAAUCGCACGAGGUUUUAAUUUUAAAAGUUUUGGGUGAAAUGGUCAAGUUUCUGGAGCUUGAUCAUGGGUAAGGUCCAUUUAUUUGGGUUUUUUCGUUUUCAGUCAGCCGUAGACACUGUAGGCAGAGCAAUGUCACGACUCAUGAAGACACUGUUGCCUUAAUUUUAGCUGUUGAGUAGUUAUGAAUAGUUAUAUUACACUAGGUAACAGUAAACAAUUUUGUUUUCCAAAAUAAAGUUCCGGGGGGAGAAGAUUACUUUCCAUGGGAGCCCAAGUGUUUUGACCUUGUGUCUUUGUUUUCCGCAAAUUUUCGAUUUCACCAACGUUUUUUCUCGAUGAUAUUAACCAUGUGUUCCGUGUUUAGCCGAGGCCCGUGGAGCCCGUGGAAGAGCCCCCAAUCGAGAGCCGAACCCGCACGCCGACGCCGGAAAGCCCCAUGUGAGUGAAGCAAGGGAAUAGCCUUUCUUUUCCGUCCGUUUCAGAUCAUAUUCGGAUCGCGGUUUCUGUGGUUUAAAGGAUUUUCGCCAACUUUUUUUGAGGGAAAAUAGAUUUGUUUUGUUGGGUCGUGUAUAAGGAGAUUAUUUGCAGAGACGUGCAAGAAGUGUACAGACCGGAGCCGGCCUUCGUUGAGACCCCCAUGGUCCGCCAAGCCAGGUCGGCGGCGGCUCCGAAGAUGGAAGAACUGGGCGAUUACCUGACCAAAAGCGCCGGCGUGCCACUGGAAUCCCUCCUCAAGCUGAGCUAUCAAGUUCCUAGACCCAACUCGGAUCACUCGAUGAAAGAGGUACGUUUUGAGCGAGCUUCUCAUCCUUUUUUUGGAGCGCUUUUUAUAUUGCACUUGGUCAGGGUAUGUUUACUUUUGUUGUUUUUAGAUGCUGGACAGCGCUCCGAUGGAAAAGGACAAUUCGGACCCAAAACUGGUGCUCUUGGACGCGCUGAAAGCACUGAAUUCGACGGAUUUGGUUGUGGCCAACGGGGCUGUGGUCGAUUUAUUCGCCUUGGCUCAAGAUGCCAUCGACGCCAAACUGUUGGCACCGAAGACCGAAGGAAUCAUCGACCCGAUCGGAUUCCGUCUCACCGAAUGUGCCGAACUCUUGACCUCGGACCCAUCGCCCACCCAGCAACAGGACGUGGUGAACUUUUUGAAGAACGCUUCCAACUUUUUGCUGCGGUUACUGCCCCAAAAGGACGUGGCCAAGAAUAUAAACCCGGAUCUCUUCAAUAAACUCUUCCGCCCACUGUUCGAGUUGUGGUCUCUGGACAAUGUAAAGUCGGAAGGAAAGUCCUCCAUCAAGCACGUGGCCAUCCAAUUGGCCGAGAACGUCUCCCCGAACGUGGUCUUUGUUUGGCUGGCUCAGGCCAUGUUACCCUUGCUCAGAGAAGUGGGGGAAGUGGAGAAAGAAACAGGGGAACAUGAUUAUAAGAAGACCAAACCUGGAGCAGAGUUCCAUUUGCUCCUUCAAACGGCUAAUAAGGUAGGGUUGAAUGGAUUUUGAGAGCCUGUAAAGUCGGGGAAUUCAGUCUUGGAAAUGACGUUUUUUAGUGCUUAAUUUUUAUUAUGUAGUAGAAAAGACUGAAGGCUAGAACGAUGGACCCUUUUCAGGUAGUGGAAGUUGUCCGAGAAGACCCUCAACGCCCCCUGAACCAUCUGGAAAUCCAUCGGGCAUUCGCCCCAUUGACUGAAUUGGCCUUGAACAAGUCCAUUUUCUCGGCGCAGAGUCUGAUCAGGAAUGGAGUGGUGGGUGUAGUCCAACGAUUCAUCCAACCGUGCGUCGAGAAAGCGGUCCCCGCAGCGGUCCGGUUGAGUUCGGAACAUCCGACUUACUCCAGCUACGCCAUCAAGUGUGUGAAUGCAUUUUUCAACAGAACCAUCGAGCAGCAGGCGGCCAAGAACCCGGAAUACUUGACCAAAGUUCUGUGGACGUCAUUGGAGAAGUUUAGAGAUGGAAGUAAAUAUCAGGAGGUGGGUAGUUUAUCUUGUUUUAUAUUAUUUUCGGGAUAGAAGGUGAUCAUGGAAGGAUAGGAAAUUAAAUAGAUUUUUUCGGUAUUUUUUGCUUUUUUGAUUAAUUUUGGUGUAGGUUACACUGGAUUUUUGAGAUUAAAUUUGUCAUGAGUAAUACAGAACCUUUGUAAAUUAUGCCUAAUUUUGGUUUUUUUAGGCUCUUGACACAUUGUAUUUGGUCUAUAAACUUAUGAAAUCGGAUGAGUCGUGCAAGAAGGCAUACCAAGCACAGUGGGACAAAUGUAUGAAGCAUUCGAUCUUCGAUGAAGUGGCCAUGGAUAUCAUCCAGAAAUACGAUGAAGUUCUCAAGCAAAAUGGAGACUUUGAUAUCCACGCAUACGUGUUCGACAAAUACGUUGAUGACGAGACGAAAGAAUUGUAUCAAAGGAUCAGUAAUUUGUGCCGGAGAUUGAGGAAUUCCCCGAGCAUCUUUGGAGGCCAGGUACCAAGUUCAUCCGGCCAAACGGGUUCCAACGGACAAAGUGUAAAGUCCAACUUCUUGAAGGUAAGGGAGCAUAGAGAGGAUUGAAAGAGAUAAUGGGGUGGUAUUGAGAAGUUAUUUGGAGGAGAUCUUGGCAAAUUUUUGAGAUAUCUAAUAUAAUUUUGGUAGGAAUUAGUAAAUGUUUGAUUGUUAUUUUUGUUGUGAGCAGCUCUAAGGCUUUUUGAGGCGACUGAUCUCGAUUUUUUUGAGGGGUUCUUGUCAUAUAGAACAAUAGAAAUGGUUUUUUGAAAUGCUUAUUGUUUCUUUCCAGGAUAUGAAACGGUAUUCUCUGCCUCUGAACCAAUCAGUCGUCGAGGAGAACAACGAGAACACUCUACAGCUUUUCAAAGGCCAGAAGACUCCCCAACGGACAGAUGAGAACGAGUUCACCCAAGAUUUGUUCAAAACAAUUUCUAAAAAACGGCCAGCUUGUGUCCAACCGACCGUCCAAUUGGAGAAGAGAACCCUCGACUUUGUGACCCGUCCCUCCAUCCCAGAAUAA